UUCUUCCUAUACCCUACUAUACCACAAACUCACGACCCCAGACCCUCUGGAUAGUUCAAUAGGCCACCAGCCUUCCCUCCCUUCUCCGACGACGGUCGCGGGUGGACUAACCACCGUCUAACGCUCCUGAAAUUAAAGCCAUAAGUGUGAAGGAAGUCGUGUAGUGUAAUGAGUGGGGAUUCUUUGGAGAAACUCAGAACUCUUCAUAUCUCCUCUCUUGAUGAGGAAGAAAGAGCUGGAGUUGAUGGGGAUGGAGAAUUUUACAUGUAUAACGGUAACGACGAUGACAAUGACGAAGACGAGGAAGAAGAAGUACCUGUAGAACUAGGUUUUGUCGAAAAGAUUAAGAAUCGCUGGUCACUUCUUCGUCAAUUAUUUCCAAGCAAGGCUGGGGGUGUUCCUGCUUGGUUGGAUCCUAUUGAUUUGCCUUCAGGAGUAUCUUGCAUUUGUGACAUUUGUGGCGAGCCUUUGCAAUUCCUGCUUCAGGUUUAUGCACCACUUGAGAAAGAAUCAACAUUUCAUCGCACAUUAUUUGUAUUCAUGUGUACAUCAAUGGCUUGUCUUCUCCAAGACCAACAUGAGCAAUGGAAACGCCAACCAGAGAAAGCAGCUCGCAGUGUGAAGGUUUUUCGCUGCCAAUUGGCUCGUUCCAAUCCUUUUUACCCAAUUGAACCCCCAAGAAAUGAUGGGACUGACAAGCCUUCUGAAAUCGGAGCUCCACUCUGUAGUUGGUGUGGUACCUGGAAAGGUGAUAAAGUUUGUAGUAGUUGCAGAAGAGCACGAUAUUGUUCUGAGAAUCAUCAGGCUGUGCACUGGAAGUCAGGUCACAAAAUUGAUUGUAGACGGUUGAAAGUUUCUCCUCAAUUAUCUGAUUGUAGCGCCAGUAAUAGUCUAGCAGAUAUACAAAAAGUUGCAAGCAAUACUGUAUGGCCUCAAUAUGAGAUAGUAAAUGAGGAUGAAUGUGAAUUCGAUGCAGAGAUGUCUGAAGAUACUAAAAGUGCAAAUUCAUUGGUUUCUAUGAGCCAAAUGGAUGACACGGUCAAGUCACUACUAGACAAGUUUGAGGGGGAUGCUGACAGAACGAGUUGGGCCUCUUUCCAAGAGCGCAUAGCCAGGGCACCUGAACAAGUACUCAGGUAUCCUAAAUAUGAAAAAACUAAACGCCUAUGGCCUAUGUCAAGUGGCCGGCCAUCCAAGGCUGAUAUUCCUAAAUGCAGCAGCUGUGGUGGCGUUCGAGGAUUUGAAUUUCAGAUUUUGCCACAGCUGCUUUAUUACUUUGGUGUGAAAAACGAAGUGGACUCUCUUGAUUGGGCAACUAUUAUUGUGUACACUUGUGAAUCUUCUUGCGAUGCAAGUUUGGCUUACAAAGAGGAGUUUGCUUGGGUUCAAGUUGCUUCCCAAUCUGCUACAAUACCUUGAUUUUUACAUGUUAUUCUGUUUUCCAGAAUGACGACAGAGCUCGAAGAUUUGGGAUGUGAUCUCAUAACGAAGCACAGUAAUCCAUUUCUACAAGUCCAUUGAAAAUUUUGUUUUUUUGUCAUAUGGAUGAUUGCGUACUUACGAAUUACAAUCAACAAAAAUUUUGCGAGUUCCUACCCUAGCUUGCUCUUUUUUUUUUUUUUUUUUUUUUUU